AUGGCCGAUAAAUUGUUGAAAGAUUAUGCGGCACCAUGUGCACGAGGAGUCCGAUCCAAUAUCACCCGACCAACCACCGAUGCUGACAACUUUGAGAUCAAGCCCGCAGUAAUUCACAUGGUCCAGAAAAAUCAAUUCGGAGGAGGACCACACGAGGACCCGAAUCAUCAUCUAGAGCUGUUUUAUGAAAUCUGUGGCAUGAUGAAGGUGAAUGAGGUUCCUCCAGAAUCGAAAUUCUUAGACAAAUUCUACCCUCCAAGCAAGACUGCCCACAUGAGAAACCUGAUCGCCAGCUUCAAGCAGAUAGACUCAGAAUCCCUAUUUGAAGCCUGGGACCGAUUCAAGAGCAUGCUGAGACAGUGUCCCCAUCAUGGCCUUGAGAAGUGGCUGGUUUUACACAUCUUCUACAAUGGAAUAAAUUAUCAUACGAAGAACCACCAUCAGUGGGCAUCUGAAAGAUCAGGUGGUGCGUUCUCAGGACAUCAGACGAAGGCAUCAGGGAAAUUCGAGGUGGAUGCAUUUACGCUCAUGUUUGCAAAGCUGGAUGCCCUGACUAAGAAAUUUGAAGCAAUGGGGAGCAACACAGCUAAUGCCAUAGUCUGUGUUUGCGACAUCUGCGGGAGCACGGACCACGCUCAAGACACUUGCCCCCUUGGGUCAAUGAUUGAAAAUAUGCUUGAGGAAGUCCUCUCAGAGCAAAAGGAGAUGAAAAGUGAGAUCAAACAACUGACCCAGAGGCUAGAAAACUUUGAGAAGCAUCAAAAGAUACAAGACAACCAAAUAGCCCAGAUAGCUCAGUCCAUCUCAAGAACACAUGGUACAUUUCCUGGUAAACCAGAUUUAAAUCCGAAUCUGAAGAUCCCUUUUCCUCAGAAGCUUAUAGCAUCCCGGAGAGACGAAGAGUUCAAUCGUUUCCUAAAGAAGAUCAAAGAAAUCUGCAUAGAAGUACCACUGAUAGAUGUGCUGUACCAAAUGCCGAAGUUCAUCAAAUUGUUAAAGAGAAUUUUAUCUAAUAGAAGACAGAAGGGCGACUUCGAGACUGUAGAACUAACAGAGAAUUGCAACGCCCUCCUUAUGGCGAAUCCUCCCCCUAAACUUCAAGAUCCAAGAAGUUUCUCCAUACCGUACAAAAUUGGUUCUGAACUCAUACCGAGAGCUUUUUGUGACUUGGAAGUCAGUGUCAGCCUACUCCCAUACUCCUUAUGCAAGAAGUUGGGGUUCCAGAAUAUUAAAUUGAUCACAAUGACACUACAACUAGCUGACCAUUUAUGCAGAUACCUAAUGGGAAUAAUGGAAGAUGUGCUAGUUGAAGUGGGUAGAUGUAUAGUUCCUACAGAUUUCAUUGUCUUGGACAUGGAGGAAGAUCCCAAGAUACCGAUCAUCCUUGGAAGACCAUUCCUUGCCACGACUGGAGCCAUCAUCGAUGUGAAAAGCCAUAAGCUAUCCUUGGAGAUCGGCAAGGAAAAGAUUGAAUUUGACUUGUCCAAUUCUUCCAUCUGCAACCCCUCCUCUCAGGAAAAUUCUCGCAAAAUCAACACACACAGGGAAGGCGAGUGCAGUUUUCAUAAGAGUUCCCCUCCAGCAAGAAGCAAGAGAUACAUGUAUCCUGUAUGA